AUGAGUCUACACACGUCCCAGAGAAACCGCAAAUCCGGUUCUAGGCCCGACCUGAGUGGGGGAACUCAACACUAUGACCGGAGUGAAGUGCACGGUGGUAAUGGAUACGGACAGGAGUACAUAGACGGCGCAGGAUACAAUACAUACAGCUACUCAAAGACUUCAAUGGGAGGUGGUGGAGGAGUACAGGGCCAAUCCACCGCCAGUGCCCUCCAACAGAAGGCCUACAUCCUGCAGGGCCAAUGUCAGGAGUACCUGAGGAAGGCAGAACACUGCCUACAGGCUGGCGGCGACUCUGGGCGUGCCACAGCCGAGGCAGAACGCUUCAUGGCCAUGGCCAAAGAGAACAUAGAGCAGCUGAAGGCAUGUGCUCGGGACCUGAGCCACAUGGGCCAAUCCAACGACAACGUGUUCCGAAGUAUUGAGCUGUUUAGGGACCAGUUAAAGGGAGUCCACAUGGCCGUAUACGGGACCAUGCAGAGGCGGAGCCGGGGGAGCAGGGGGAGUGGUGCAUGGGAGGAAGCUGGGAGGGGCUUCAACGAGGCCAUUGCCUGGAUUGGACAGCAGAAGCGUCUCAUAGAAACCUCUCCCUGGGGAGACGACUCUGCAGCCAUCGAGCAGCAGCUGAUCAGCCACAACAAGUUUCACAGCUCCAUACAGAGAAGUGCAGAGGUGGACAGAGCCAAGGAUGAACUGUUCAAGAAAGGAGACAAGGCCAACCAGCAUGCUCUGGAUCAGGAAUGGGACACGCUGCAGAAAAUGUCUCAUGGCCGUAGCAGCCAGCUGAGAGAGCUGCAGCAAAUCAUUGAGGAGAUCAGCAGAGAAAUCAUGUGGGUGAAUGAGAGAGAGGAGGAGGAGCUGGUAUUUGACUGGGGGGAGAAAAACAUCGACCUCUACAUUCCCAAGAAGCAGGAGAGCUACUCGGUAAGGACUGGUACCCUGGAGGAGAAGGAGAAAGACCUGAAUAAACUGAAGUUGAAAGUGGACAGCCUUCUGAAGAACCAUCACCCUGCCUCUGACAAGAUCGAGGCCUACAUGGACACUCUGCAGACCCAGUGGAGCUGGCUCCUCCAGAUAACCAAGUGUAUUCAUGUCCACCUGAAGGAGAAUGCUGCAUACAGCCAGUUCUUCAAGGAGGCCAAUGAGACGUACAGCAAGCUGCAGAAGGAGCAUGAGAACAUCCGUAGGAAGUUCACCAGCGACAAGAACACACCUCUGGAAAAUCUGCUGGAACUACUCAACGGCCUGGAGAAGGAGAAAGAGUGGAUCUUGGAGAAUAAGAGGCAGGUGCAGCACCUGGUCAACAUGUCCAAAAGCAUCGUGAGGCUGAGACCACGUAACCCUGAGGAAGAGAAGAGCACUAGUCCUGUUAUGGUACAGGCCCUGUGUGACUUCAAACAGGACCAGAAGGUGAUUCUGAAGGGCAAUGAGGGCAUCCUGAAAGACAACUCCCAGCGUAGUAAGUGGCAGGUAACAGGACCAGGAGGACUGGACAUGCUGGUGCCUUCUGUCUGUCUGCUGGUGCCACCACCCAAUUCCCUGGGCAUCAACCUGGCCAACAAGAAUGAACAGUACUAUGAGGCGAUCCUGUCUGUGUGGAACCAGCUCUACAUCAACAUCAAAAGUCUCAUCUCCUGGCAGUACUGUGUCCAGGACAUCACACGCAUCAACUCCCUCACCAUCACCAUGCUGUCCCGUAUGCGUCCUGAGGAGUACCGCAGCAUCCUGAAGGGUCUGGAGACCCACUACUCAGAGUUCAUACACUGUUGCCAUGGCUCUGAGAUGUUCAAGGACGAGGACAAGAGGAGCAUCGAGAGCCAGUACACUGGAGCCCAGGCUCACUACGACCAACUGGUGGUCCAGCUACCUGCUUACACUGCACAACAGACCGCCAACGAAGGGAGGAUCAAGGCAGAGGAGGAGGCCAGGAUUCUGGUGGUCAAUCAAGAGGAGGCAAAGAAGAUAGAGGAGACCAAGAUAGUGGAGGUUAAGCAACAGGAUGUGAAAAAGGGGGUGGUUAAGAAGGUGAAGAAGAAAGUGGUGGUGACGUCACAAAGCCUGACGGAGCUGCACACGCUCAGACAGCGCCUGGAGGAGGCGGAGGCGGGGCUUACCCAGCACAUCCAUAUCUGUCUGGGAGAGGACGGAGCGCACGACUGUGGCCUGAGGAUUAGCCAACUAGAGUCUGUACAGAGGGAUGUGAACUCUAUCCGCGAGGAGUACCAGCGUCUGAAUGAGCAUGUUCUGAAGGAACUAGAGGGCAUGACUGACUCUGACAAGGCCACGUUCUUACGCAGCCAACUCAACCUCAUCAACGAGAGACUGGGCAGUCUGGACGGGUGCUCCACCGCCUACCUUCAGAGGUUGCGGGCUCUAAGGGCCCUCCUGGAGAGUGAAUCCAGGGCUGAGGACAUCAUUAAGGUCCAUGAGGCCAGACUGACAGAGAAGGAGACCACAUCCCUGGAUCCUGCAGAGGUGGAGGACUACAGGUCCACUCUGAAGAGUAUGAGGGCGGAGCUGGAGGGGAAGAGGGACGUCCUGGUCUCCAUGGAGACGGAGCUCGGGAAGGCGGUCCACUGGAACGGCCAGGUGGGCGGAGCCUUCCACAGGUGUGACGUGGACCUGUCCAGAUACAGUGAACAAGUCACCCAGCUGUCUGACCGCUGGAGACGCCUCCAGAGCCAGAUAGACUUCAGACUAAGGGACCUAGAGGGGUACCAGGGGCGACUCCAGCAGUACACCACCACUAGCUCAGUCCUCAGUGAGUGGAUCGGUACUACGCGUCAGAAACAGGACGCCCUGCAGGCCACCAAGAUAGACAGCAUCACAGCCCUGGACGAACACCUCAACCAGCAGAAGGCUCUGAACUCUGAGAUCAAGGUGAAGAGAGAGAGUGUCGACAGUGUUCUGAGAGACACUGACGCCUGUGUGAACUCCAUCAAGGAUUAUGAGCUGGAGUUGGCUUCAUACAGUGCUGGUCUAGAGACUCUACUGAACAUCCCUAUGAAGAGGACCAUGCCACAGUCUCCUUCUACUCAGCUCACAGAGGAGGCUACUCUACUGCAGACCCGUUACAUCGAGCUGCUCACUCUGUCUGGCGACUACUACAAAUACCUGGGAGAACUACACAAGAACAUGGAAGAGCUCAAGAUGCGUAACACCAGGAUCGACCUGUUGGAGGAGGAGCUACGGCUCCUCAAAGAGGAUAUCAGGUACCGCAACACUAAGAACAGUUCUCUGGAGGAGGCGUUAGCUCGCUACCGGCUGGAGCUGUCCCAAUCACAGGAGCAGCUCCACACUGUGGAGGAGGUGAAGAGGAGCAAGGCCCUGCAGUGCAGCGUCACCCAGGACUCCCUGGCUUCCACCCACAGCCAACUGAAGGAGCUGCAGGAGCAGGUGGCCCGCCUCACCUCCCUCAUCGAGGAGGAGAAGAGGAAGAGGAUGCUGGCGGAGGAGCGCUACAGGGAGCAGCAGGAGGAGCACGAGCAGGUGCUGAGGAGGAGGCAGAAGGAGCUGGAGGAGGCCAACUGGGCAAAGAUGGAGGUGGAGAAGAGCGUGGGGGACCGGGAUAGGGAGGCAGAGAGGCUACGGAGGCAGCUGGAGGAGGAGGUGCGACGCUGCAAGGACCUGGAGCAGGAGCUGUCUAAGGUAAGGAGCCAGUGCAGUGUGGAGAUCAGUAACCUAAAGCUCAACUACGAGUCCCAGAUCACCUUCUGCAGGACAGACAUCCAGCACCUGUCUGCCCAGAGGGAGGAGGUGGACCAGGGCAUCAGACUGCAGUGUGACAAGCUAGAGGCCGAGAGGAGAGACCAGGAGGACCAGCUCAGGAGAAUAAAGGUGUGUCUGAGCCAGGCCGAAGAGCAGAGGAGGAGGGCCGAUGAGGAGGCGCAUGCUCAGAGAUCUGUGGUCACAGAGGAGGUGCGAAGGAGGAGGGAGCUGGAGGCUCAGGUGGAGAUGUUAGUUAGGGAGAGAGGGGAGGACAGUAAUCAGUAUAGAGAGGAGGUGUCAGAGCUCACAAAGGCCCUGCAGGAGAGGAGCGGCCAGCAGGCCCUGGAGGAGGAGAGGAUCAGGCUUGAGCUGCUCCUGGGGGAGAUUCAGGCCAAGCAGGCCUCCUACUCCCAGGCUGUCACCCGGCUGAGAGAGGUGGAGGAAGAGCUGGUUAGCAUCAGUACAGAGUUUAAGAAGGAGAAUGGUGAGAAGAAUAAGGCAGAGCAGAGUGUAACCAGGUUACAGGGACACGUCAGGGAGCUGCAGGCCACGGCUGAUAGGCUAGAGGGGGAGGCGGAGGCCCUGAGGAGAACCAACCAGGAGGAGGUGACCAAGAGGAGGCACGUGGAGACAGAGCUCCAGAAAACCACCCACACCAUGCGGGAGUACACCAGCACCAUCGCCACCCUACGCCGGAGCCAGGAGGAGGCCCAAACCACGGUGAGGAGGGGAGAGGAGGAGCACAGGAAGCUCCAAGUGGAGCUGGAGAGUAGGUUGAAGGAGUUCAAGGCCUCCACUGAGCGCCUGACAUCCCUGAGCUCGGAGCUGAAGUCUCUCCAACAACAGCUCCUCCAAGAGCGGGCUAAAGUCCGCGAGGCAAACAUGCGCAAUGAAACACUCUACAAGACCAUCGAGGAAAAGAGCCUGGCACUCAACGAGACCUCUGUAGAACAGGAGAGACUCCAGACCCUGACCCAGACACUGACCAAGGAGCGACUGCGGCUCGAGGAGGAGCUGAGGGGAGUGAAGCACGAGAGAGAAGAGUUGCUGAGAACCAGGCAGGGGGCUGAUGACGAGCUGGUGUCCCAGAACACUGCUCUGGAGCUGCAGCUAAAGAGCAGCUUGAGAAGCAGCGUGGAGACCCAGAUCCUCGUGGCAGAGCUCUCUUCAGAGAGGGAGAAACUCAGGAUGGAGAUAGAUCAAGUCCAGAGGCAGGCCAUGGAGACCUCCUCUCUGAUCCAGUCCACCAAGACCCAGUACAGUGAGAUGGUGGUGGAGAGAGAUGCUCUUCUGCUAAAGCUGAAACAGACAGACCAGGACAGGGCCAGGUCCCAGAAGCUGGAGGAAGAACUAAACCGCAUCAAACUCUCUCUGGAGUCCGAGUUACGCCUCAAAGUGCGUCUGCAGGAGGAGAACGAGAAGGUCAAGAAUGACUUCCUGUACUGGAAGGGCCAGUACGAGUCCAAGGAUGGUGCAGUGAGGCAGUUCGACUCCGUGAAGGAGAAACUGGAGAGGGAGAGGAGCUCUCUUGAGACUGAGAUUGAGCGGCUGAUGAGAGAGCUGAGGGAGGGGGAGGACAGGUAUAAGAGCAGGCUGCUGAUCACGCAGACCCAACUCUCUGAAUUGACCUCUGUCAGAGACACCCUGGAGGCAGAUUUGAGGAAACUCCAGGAGCGGCAUAACGCCUGUGCAAAACACACCCAGACGGACGAGAACGGGAAGAAAGACCUGGACCCCGCCACACUGAUUUUCGACAGUGUCCGUAAGACAGUGACAGCCAAGCAGCUGCUAGAUUGUGGGGUCAUCGACAAGUCAACCUAUGGCCAGUUGUUGAAGGGUCAGAAGACGGUCCGUGAGGUAUCUGUGGACAUCAAACUGAACCUGAAAGGGACCGGCAUCAUUGCUGGUGUUGCUGGAGACUGUCAGGAUAAAAUGACUCUCACAGAGGCCAAGAGGGCCAACAUCCUCUCUGAAGACAGCGCCAUCUUGCUGCUGGAGGCACAAGCUGCCACAGGCCACAUAGUGGAUCCCAGAGCCAACGAGAAGAUGUCGGUGGAGGAGGCAAUUAAGAGAGGAGUGGUAGAUGAGGAGGAUAGAGAGAGGUUGCUGGCUGCAGAGGCCGCCUGUCUGGGGUACCGCGACCCCAAUACUACCAAGCCCCUGUCAGCAGGCCAGGCUAUGAGGAAGGGCCUGAUCAAUAGAGACACAGCUCUACGGAUGCUGCAAGCCCAGGAGUCUGUUGGGGGCAUCAUAGACCCUGUCCUCAGUGUCUUCCUCCCUAAAGAUGCAGCCAUGGACCGGGACCUGAUUGACGAGGACCUGUACAGGGCCUUAAACCAACGACCUGAGUGUUACCUGGACCCAGACACCCAGAUGGGAACCAGCUACGUCUCCCUAAAGAGGAGAUGCAAGUCCGAACCCACCACUGGUCUCCUGCUCCUCCCUGCCCCAGAGAAGCCCAUGAUGGUGAAGGGUCUCAGGGGAGAGGUGUCUAUCAAGGAUCUGAUGGAUGCUAACCUCUUGGAGAAAUCAGACAUGGACCAACUGAAGGAUGGAAAACUGACCAGCCAGGACAUCGAGGACAAGUUGAGGUCGUACCUCCGAGGCUCCACCUGCAUCGCAGGGGUCUAUGACGAGGCCAACCACAAGACCCUAUCCAUUUACCAGGCCAUGAAGGAAGGGUUACUGAGGCCCGGCACAACCCUGGAGCUCCUCGAAGCCCAGGCUGCCUCGGGAUUCAUGAUCGAUCCCAUCAACAACCUCUGUCUGACCGUGGCCGAUGCCUACAAGAGCGGCCUGGCUGGGCCAGAGUUCAAAGACAAACUCUUGUCUGCAGAGAGGGCCGUCACCGGGUACAAAGACCCAGGCACAGACAAGAUCAUCUCUUUGUUCCAAGCCAUAGAGAAGGGGCUGAUGGAGAAGGGACAUGGGAUCCGUCUACUAGAGGCUCAGAUUGCCAGCGGUGGCAUCAUCGACCCCAGGCACAGCCACCGCAUCGAGGUGGAGACUGCCUAUAAGAAGGGCUACUUCGGCAAGGAGAUGAACCAGAUCCUGACAGACGAAGCGGAUGUCUCCAAGGGCUUUUUCGAUCCCAACAACCAGGACAACCUGACUUAUCUCCAGCUAAAGAAACGCUGCAUCAUAGACCAGAAGACUGGCCUGGUUCUCCUGCCCAUCAAGGACAAGAAAAAGGAGCCUCCACAGACAACGACGCAGAAGAAUACUCUGAGGAAGAGGAGGGUGGUGAUCGUAGACCCAGACACCAAUAAGGAGAUGAGUGUGAAGGAAGCAUACGACAAGGGGCUCAUCGACUACGAGACCUUCCUGGAGCUGUCGCAGCAGGAGUGUGAGUGGGAGGAGAUUACGAUCACAGCCCAGGAUGGAUCCUCGCGGUUGGUCAUCAUCGACAGGAAGACUGAGAUCCAGUAUGACAUCAGAGAGCUGCUAGAGAAGAAGGUGAUUGACCAAUCAGUGUACGACCAGUACCAAUCCCAGAAAAUCACUCUCGCACAGUUUGCUAAAAUCAUCACCAACAAGACCAACUCCACCAGAUCCUCCUCCUCAACAUCCUCAUCCAAAGCCAGAGCAUCAGCAACAUCAGCAUCCUCCCUGUCUUCAUCCAGCACCACCUCUCACUCCCUGAAGAACAUUGCCAGCAUCUCGGUCUCCCUGGCUGGCCCUGCUGAAGCUGUGGUCUUGGAUGGGGAGCGAAGCCCUGUGGGCGCCAUCUUUGACAUGGAGGCCCUAGAGAAGAUCUCCAUCUCUGAGGCCCACAAACGUGGCCUGGUGGACAGCAUCUCUGCCCAGAGACUACUGGAGGCCCAGGCUUGCACAGGAGGCAUUGUAAACCCUUCCGAUGGCAAGCGCCUGUCCAUCCAGGAGGCCUCCCGCCAGGGGAUCAUCGAGAGUGACAUGGCUACCAGGCUGAAGCCCGCCCAGAAGGCCUACAUUGGGUUUGAAGACGUCAAGUGUAAACGCAAGAUGUCCGCCGCCGAGGCCAUGAGGGAGAAGUGGCUUCCCUACGAGGCGGGCCACCGCUUCCUGGAGUUCCAGUUUGUCACUGGAGGCCUGUACGACCCGGAGCUGGGCCGCAGGAGAACCAUCGAGGAAGCUCUCAACGUGGGCUGGCUGGACGGGAGGGCAGCCCAGAAGCUCCAGGACAUGAGGCACCACGCCAAGAACCUAACCUGUCCCAAGACAAAGCUGAAGAUCUCUUAUAAAGAAGCGUUGGAUAACUGCUUGUUGGAGGAGAAUACGGGAGUCAAGAUGCUCCAGGCUGCCUCCACCUCCUCCAGAGGGAUCAGUAGUCCGUACAACUUCUCUUCGGCUCCCGGGUCCACCUCGGGCUCCAGGACCGGGUCGAGGACAGGCUCGCGGAGAGGCAGCGUGGACCUGGGGUCGCCUAGCUCCUCCAGCCGAUACAGCGUCAUAAGCAGCUCCACCUACAGCCGCACCUCCUUCAGUUCUAGCUCCAUUUCAUAGGGGAAAGAGGGAAAACUAUUCAUUAAUUCAUUAACUUAGUUGUCUUACACUUUGCAUACUUUUAGUUUUUGUUUUGACAUAUUACCUUUUGCUUUACUUAUGUAAGGAAAACCUGCUUAUUGGUCAGUUAGAAAUGUGCCUGUCCUAGAUAGAGGUACCAUCACAUGUUUUUUUUUUUCUGUUUAAAGUGGUAAAAGAUGGAUAAGAAUGGAAAAACACAUUUGUAGGUGUUUGAAUUGAAGUCAAAUUUUAUGUAUACUGAACAAAAAUAUAAAAUGCAAC